CUCGGGUUUCCCAGUUCUAACAAUGCCAUUUGCACAUCAAAGUAAGAAUGCCGCUCAAGAUGAAUUUGAGUAGAGGUACCAGUGACAUGGUCACCAUUAUCGACAUCAUUGAUAAAGGCAAUGGACCGCCGUGCAGCUUCUGUCCUUCCAUUCCUCCCCCUUAUCUCAGAAUCUCUUAGUAUACAGCAUGGCGCCCUCCCUUGAACACUACGAAGACGCUACCUCCGGUAUUCCCGUGAAGGUACUUGGUACACAAAUUGAUGGUACCAACGGCGCUGCAACAUUACAGCUGGAGGAGGCAGACAAGCAUGACCAAGUCCUGCGAGUAUUCCGCUGCUUGAUUGCGGAUUUAUGCGAGCAAUUCAAGGGUGGCCACCCUGGUGGUGCCAUGGGUAUGGCAGCCAUUGGUGUCUCGCUCUGGAAAUAUGCCAUGAAAUACUCACCAAGCAACCCCAAGUAUUUCAACAGAGACCGCUUCGUCUUAUCAAACGGCCACACAUGUCUUUUCCAAUACACAUUCAUGCACUUGGUCGGAUACAAGAACAUGACUAUUGACCAACUCAAAUCAUAUCACUCAGAACGCACAGAUUCGAUCUGUCCUGGACACCCAGAAAUUGAGCAUGAGGGUAUUGAAGUCACAACUGGUCCCCUCGGACAAGGUGUUGCAAAUGCUGUUGGUUUGGCCAUGGCAACAAAGCAUCUCGCUGCCACAUACAACAAGCCCAACUACGAGGUUGUCAAUAACAUGACAUACUGCAUGAUCGGAGAUGCCUGUCUGCAAGAAGGUGUUGCUCUGGAAGCUGUUUCCCUUGCUGGUCAUUGGAAGCUGAACAAUCUUGCUCUCGUUUACGACAACAACCAGAUCACUUGUGACGGUUCGGUCGAUAUCACAUGCAACGACGACGUGAACGAGAAGAUGAAGGCUUGCGGCUGGAAUGUCAUUGAUGUCAUGGACGGCACCACCAACAUCACCGGUGUCGUCCAGGCACUUGUAGCUGCCCGCGCAAGUGACAAGCCCACCUUCAUCAACAUCCGCACAAUCAUCGGUAUCGGUAGUGCAUCAGCUGGUGAUGCAAAAGCUCAUGGUGCUGCUUUCGGUGCCGAGGAUGUUGCCAACAUCAAGCGUACCUUCGGCAUGAACCCCGAGGAGCACUUUGUCGUCCCUGACACAGUCUACGACUUCUUCCGCGAGGCAAAAUCCCGAGGCGAGGACUAUGAGAAGGAGUGGAGCAAUCUCUUGGAUGGCUACAGUAAGGAGUACCCUGAGCUCGCUGAGGAGUUUAAGCUGCGUGUUGCAGGAAAGAUGCCCAAGGACUGGACCAAGAUCAUCCCUGAAAAGGGCAGCUUCCCCACUUCACCCACACCAUCCAGAAAGUCUGCAGGUCUGGUAUGCAACCCUCUUGCACAAAACCUGUCAAACUUCAUGGUCGGCACAGCAGACUUGACUCCUUCGGUCAACAUGACCUGGAAGGACAAGGUUGAUUUCCAGAACCCCGAGCUCAAGACCGCAUGUGGUAUCAACGGCAAUUACUCUGGUCGCUACAUCCACUGGGGUAUCCGAGAGCACGCCAUGGCCUCCAUCUCCAAUGGUCUUGCCGCCUUCAACAAAGGCACCAUCUUCCCCAUCACCUCAUCCUUCUUCAUGUUCUACAUCUACGCCGCCCCCGGUAUCCGCAUGGGCGCCCUCCAAGGCCUCCAACAAAUCCACAUCGCCACCCACGACUCCAUCGGCACCGGCGAGGAUGGCCCUACCCAUCAACCCAUCGCCCUCGCCUCCCUCUACCGCAGCAUGCCCAAUCUCCUCUACAUCCGCCCCUGCGACUCGGAAGAAACCGCCGGUGCCUUCAUCGCCGCCAUCAAAGCCGACACCACACCUUCAAUCAUCUCUCUGUCCCGCCAAAACCUUCCUCAAUACCCCGAACACAGCAGUCGCGAAGGUGUUCAAAAGGGCGCUUACGUGCUCAUGGAGCAAGAAGACGCCGACGUCACUCUAAUCGGUGUGGGCGCUGAGAUGUUCUGCGCGGUCGAGACGAAGAAGUUGUUGGAGUCUGACCACGGCAUCAAAGCCCGCGUCGUCUCUUUCCCCUGCCAACGUCUGUUCGAACAGCAGAGUAAGGAGUACAAGCAAUCUGUUCUCAAAUACCGCAGUAAUGCCCCCAGAGUUGUCAUUGAAGCUUACGCUAUCAAUGGAUGGGAGAGAUAUGCAGAUGCUGGAUAUUCGAUGGCUACAUUUGGUAAGUCAUUGCCUGGUAAGAAGGCUUAUGAGCAUUUUGGAUUCGAUGCAAAGGCUAUUGCACCGAAGGUCAAGGCGUUGGUUGAGGAGGUCAAGAAGGAAGGUGUGAAUUCGUUGAGAGGUGAUUUCAGAGAUUUGAACGGUACGAUGGGAUAUGGAUUCGAGCACUAGAAUGACUGCUCUCUCUCUCUCUCUCUCUCUCUGAUGUUUGAUGUAAUUGUAUAUAAUGACUUUCGCUACAUGAUCG